AUGCCUCGAAACCACACUGCUGCUGCCACGACCCUGCGCAACCGCAACCGCGUCACCAACAAAACUCGCCUCAAGGUCGUCCGCGGGAACAUCGAUGCCGAUCCGCUCGUGCUCGACGAGGAGGAGGAGAAGGCUCGGGUCGUCUCUACCGCCGGCGUCGACGCCGAGGAUGCCAACGAACACCAUCUGCAGGCCGUCCUGUCUGCUGCUUCACAGAGACAGCACGCCAACGCGCAGCGAACGUCGCGUGGCGGAAAUGAGAAGGCGAAGGAGGAGAAGCAAGCUUAUAUCCCCGUCCCCGACUCUAGAGAAGUAUUGGAAGGGUACUCAGAUUUAUAUCCACCUGGACGAUGGACAGACCCGUUCAAUUACAUCCGCUCGUCCGAUUCGGUCGAAGAAUCGAUCAAGGAUGCCAUUGCCAAUGGGUUCACCUAUUACAUGGAUGAGCGCGACCAGGAAUGGUUAGAGAAGAAUAAUGAGGAAGCCCGAGGGGAAGGCACCAGCGCGCAGGGCGCCGUUUCCUCCGGUGGCACAACGACGCGCUCAGGCCUAGGACGGGGCGGCAAGGGAAAGGGCAAGGAGCCCGAUGUCACGUCUCCUGUCGCCAUGUCGGAGGAAGAGUUCGAGUUGGUCAUGGGCAUCUUCGAGAAAGUGACCCAUGACAAGACCGAGUAUCUUCAUCACGGCUUGGAGCAGGGCAUGGCUUUUCCGCCGUUCUCAGACUACCAGGAGACGUUUGCGACGAAGCUGCCUGCAUCCAUGUUCGCUAGUUUUGUGGUGCCCGAAUGGGUGCCGGAGCCUGCGCAGUUGCUACGUCUGGCGAAAGUUAUCUACCCGUACUGGCGCGAGCGUCGGAUAGAACGCCGCGGGCAUAGGAUCAUACCUUCCCUCAAUCUCGACGAGGCGGACAGCAAGAACGAGUCAUUCAUCUGUUUCCGGCGACGAGAGCUGAAGGCCGUCAGGAAGACCCGCGCCUCCCAAGUCUCUUACUCCGAAAAGCUCGUUCGCUUGAAGUCAGAACUUGCGCUGUCUCUAGAUUUGAGCGGGCAUGUUCGGACACGAGAGCUCCUCAAGAGGGAGGCGGCCCAGCAAGCGCAGCAAGUCUGGGAGAAGCGGCUCGCCUUCGUGGAGCUCCGGACGAGAUUCCCGUCGCUGGCGGUCAAGGAAGACGAGGAGCUGCUCUUCGACAAGGAGCGCGUCGCGAAGAAGGCCAAAACAGACGGUCUGUCCGGUCGUCUGCCCCCGUCGAUCAAGCUGCGCACUCGAGACACCGGGGAACUGGGAUCGCCAUCGCCGCUUGUCGAGGCUGCUAUCAAGCCCCGCGAGCGUGCCGCGGCGAUCACUAAACAGAUCGAGAGGGACCUUGCGCAGCUCAAGGAGAAAGAUCAUCAUUGGGAGGAUGGCAUCGACAAUCCCUAUCAACCUCCGCAGGUCUCCCUCAUCCAGAGGCACUACAAGUUCGCGACGAACUCGCCCUCUUCUCCGGAUGAUCUUGGACCGCCCGAAUAUCGCGCUUUCCGUAGGCGUCCUGGUCGCGGCGGGCGCACCUGGGUGGAACGUCGAAUCCGGACAACGAGAUUCGGCGGUUCUGAUAAUACUAUGUGUGACUAUACGCGAUACGGGCCGCGGUUCCCUGACAGGGAAGUGGACGAGGCCGAGGAGCGGGAGCGCGCGUGGCGCCUGACGGAGCGGUGGAAGUACGAUGCCGACGACGAUGUGCCGGUCUACGGCCCCGAUGGUCCUGAGGAAUAUGAUCGUGUUCUGGUUGACGAUUAUGAUCCAAAGUACAUGCGACAGGCGAUGAGUCUACUUGGGGAACAGGAUAUUCAAAGCCUCACGAACGAUCCGUCCCUGACUAUCACGAACUCGGAGGGCCGUCAGCAAACUGUGAUACCUUUCAAGCUUGGUGUACCGAUGUCAUUGCGACGCGAUCCCCAGAGACAGCACCCCAUGCCUCCGCCCCACCCGUCAGCCAUGCAUCCGAAUGGUAUUCCGCUGACUAUGCCACCGGGCGCAGCUGGUGCUCCAGUGUCGUUGCCGACCCAUUUGAAGAUGAUGCAGGGCCCGGUCCGGAUCUCGUCUGGUGUCAACCUACAGCGCAGUAUGCCUACUAUGCCUAUAUCGCAGCCGAAUGUACCGACGUUGCAGUCUUCGCCGCCGCAUCAGACGCCGUCUCAGCCUGUCAAUCUCAGUGCUUCGGGGCCAAUUGCUGCCAGUAAUGCCAUCGCGGAUGGCAAUAAUUCUGCUGUCCCCAACGGGCACCAUGGAACGACGCAGUAUCAGCCAGGACAGGUUGAUGGUAGCCAGCUCUCAGAUCGUCCGUCUUCGAGCGCAUCGAACGGCUCUCCCGUGCGGCCAAGCUCGCAGAACCAGCACCCGUCCGUGCCCGUCAAUGGAUUACAUGUUCCUGCUGUCAACGGAUUUCCAAACCUCCCAAACGGCUCUCCGUACACCCACCAUAGCAAUCUCAGCCCGCAGCAGGUCGAAGUCAUCCAGAAAGUCUUCGCUCCCAACGUCCAACCAGGUCAAGCAUUCUCGCUGCCUGUGAACCCGGGCAAUAUGCAGGGCCGUCCAGCGGGUGUCUACGUCCCCAACGGUGCUAAUUUCAAUGUUCCUUUAAGCGGCUCGCCCAUCAAUCUGAAUCUGCCGCCAAAGCGGCAGAUGCAGUGGGCGAAUCAUCAUCCCCACCGACCACCGUCAGUGAACGGCCAGCACGGCAACGGUAUGGACGCCAGUCAGCUUAUUAAUAUGAACGGUUCGAUGUCUCCCCCGAAUCAAAACAUCAACAUUCCGCAUUCUAUACCGGGCGUACCUGGCCGUGUACCUUCGCGCGGCAUGGUCGCUCGCCCUCCGAGCGUUGUGCAGGGUCCACAGGGCAAUAUCACGCACCUCACCCCGCACACGUCCUCCCCGCUCCUGCAUAAUGUAAAUAUCUCCUCUCCCCAGCUCCAUUCGUCGCCACCUCGUCAAACGCAUACACCCAUGACAUCGCCGUCCAUGCAGCACCAACAGACGCAGCAAAUGGUUGGAGGGGCUGCCAAUGGGUUCUAGUGAUGAAGGGUUUUGCGUCUUGGGUUAGUCGAGUUUCCUGCCGUCGUCUACUUGUUUCGUUGUCUCGUUGUCGCUCUUGCAUUUUCCUGUUCAGUCCAGCUUAACAUAUGUAUACUAUAAGUCGAAAAUAUUUGCCUCGUUAUACCUAUGUCGUAUGUGAGAUACCAGGAUCAGUCGCCUGUAUAUAUGCACGUUGA